UGGGAUGAGUGUCACAUGAUCAUUUCAGUUUUUACUAACUUCCUCCCUAAACCCACAUGGUGGAUAUCGAGACUGGAAACUGGUACAUGCACAUUCUAUUCAUAAAAAACAGAUUUUGAGAUACACGUUAGCAAUCAUUAAGAAGGCGACCCUCUUGUGAACUUCAACCUAAUGGCCUCAGAGAGUCAGGCCUGUAAGUUCACAUCACUCCAGCUCGGACUUCAGCUGUGGUCGGUAAAUAUCAGACACACCUACCUUUUGAGCUGCUGAUCUCCAUUCGGAAACACCUGCCCCCCCUCACUGCCAGUGUCUGCUAUGGUUUAUUACGUGGAGAACCAGCACUCGCAUAAGUUCAGAGUCACGGUUGUGAGGGCUGAGAACGUCACCAAGGGAGGGUGGGGUGAUUAUUUGGACAUCCCAGAUCCUUACGUAGAGCUGUGUGUACCAGCUGUCUCUAAAACCAAAAAACGGACAAGGCACAUAAACAACAAUGUGAAUCCAGAAUGGAAUGAAACUUUUGAAUUCAUACUGGACCCUAGUCAGGAGAAUGUUCUAGAGGUCACGCUAAUGGAUGCCAACUACGUUAUAGAUGAAACACUGGGAACCGCAUCGUUUACUGUCUCUGAUAUUGAAGUGGGACAAACACGACUGAUUCCCCUCCUGAUUGGUAAAGCUACCGAGGUGCAUUUAGAGAUGUCCCUGCAGGUCUGUUCCAUCAAGGAUCUUCGCCUGAGCUUGGCUCUCUGCGACAAGGAGAAGCUCUUCCAGGAGGCUCGUCGGCAGAAGGUCAUGCUGGGAAUCCAGAAGCUUUUGAAAACAGAGAAGAGUUGCUUCCUCCCCAGCACCCCACAGGAAGUGCCAGUGAUUGCCGUCAUGGGGUCCGGAGGUGGGUUCCGGGCCAUGGUGGGCUUUGCUGGCGUUAUGAAAGCUCUCUUUGAGUCUGGAGUUCUGGACUGUACCACCUACAUAGCUGGGCUCUCUGGAUCCACCUGGUACAUGUCCACACUGUACUCCCACCCUCAUUUUCCAACCAAGAGCCCUGGUGAGAUCAACCAGGAGCUGAAGAAGAGUGUGGCCAACUCUCCGAUGCGACUGCUGACGCUACAGCACAUCAGUCAGUACGUCCACGCGCUGCAGUCCAAGAAGACCGCUGGGCAGCCUGUCACCUUCACAGACGUCUUCGGCAUGUUCAUUGGGAAGGCACUUAUCCCUGGGUAUAUGGACAGGACGCUGAGCCAGAUGGCAGAGAAGGUGGAUGAUGCCCAGAACCCGCUGCCCCUCUUCACCUCUUUGCAUGUCAAGCCUGACGUGUCAGCCCUCAGCUUUGCAGACUGGGUGGAAUUCAGCCCAUAUGAGAUUGGGAUGGUGAAGUAUGGAACCUUCAUGACCCCUGAUCUCUUUGGGAGCAAGUUCUUCAUGGGAUCAGUGGUGAAGCGUUUUGAGGAAAGCCCCCUUCACUUCCUCAUGGGGCUUUGGGGAAGCGCCUUCUCCAUACUCUUUAGUCGACUCAUGCAGUCAAGCAGCAGGAUGAUCACCGUGACAGAGAAGCAGGAAGGCUUGGUGUCUGACUGUCUUGUGGAAGAAGAAGACGAAGAUGAUGAGGAAUAUGAAGAUGACCAUGAAAACGUGGAGUCUGCCUUUAUGGUGGGAGGAGAGAACUUUUACAGUGAACUGGACCGAGCACUCCCUGUUGGUGGAUCCAUAGUUUUCCAUUCUCUGAAGAGCGUCGAUGGCUUGGAGUCUGACAGUAUUGAGGGAGAUGAAAACAUCGGCAUGGAACCAUGUUCAGAAGGCUUGGAGUCUGAUAGUUUUCAGGACAUGGAACCAGGUUCAGCUCGGAUUGUGGGGACCAGCUCUCAGACCUGGGCUCAACGCAUGCUGGCCUGUAUUGGCAAUGCUCCGAUCUUCAGACGCCGCGGGUCCCGGGCUGGCAAGGUGCACAACUUCAUGCAGGGCUUAAAGCUGAGCCCCAUUGUCCGUUGCUCAGCUCCUAAGGACUUCGUGAGCAUGGCGGCGGCGGAGGAGGAGGAGGAGGAGGAGGAGGCGGUAAUGGUCAAAGACUCUACUGAAUUUGAUUGCAUCCAAGACCCUUUGGACCUGACAACUAAGAAGAUCCAUGUGGUGGACAGUGGUCUUAGCUUUAACCUACCAUACCCGCUCAUCCUCAGGCCAGAGAGGGGUGUUGACCUCAUAAUAUCGUUCGAAUUUUCUGCUAGGAAGAGUGAUUCCAUGCCACCCUUUGAGGAGCUUCUCUUGGCUGAGAAAUGGGCCCGUCUGAACAAGCUGCCCUUCCCCAAGAUUGACCCCAAGGUGUUUGACCGAGAGGGCCUUAAGGAAUGCUACGUCUUUAAGCCUGAAGACGGCCAGAAGAACUGCCCCACCAUCAUCCACUUUGUGCUGGCCAAUAUUAACUUCAGGAACUUCAAAUCUCCAGGUCUGCCUCGAGAGAAUGGAAUGGAGAAGCAAUUUGCUGAUUUCAACAUAUUUGAUGACCCACAAAACACCUAUUCCACGUUUAACUUCUACUACUCCAAUGAAGCCUUUGCUCGUCUGCAUGACCUCAUGGAGUUCAACACUCUGAACAACAUUGAGGUGAUCAAAGAUGCCAUCAAGGACUGCAUUCUGUACAGGAGAGAGAACCCAUCAUUUUUCACCCUUGAUUAAGCUGGAAAACAGGCAGUUUCUGAGCUUGAACCUUGUGGGAAACCCUAACCCUAACAGACACAUGGUUGAGAUACUCAUGUCGAUGGUAUAAGAAUAAUUGAAUCAGCUUUGCUUCUACGUUUUUAUGAGAAAGUCUUAGAUUGUUUGGAAGAAGGAUGAAACUGGCUACGUUAAUGACCUCGGUGAUGGUGUCUCUCUUUCACCUGAUUGUCAUUUAUUCUUCCAUUUAGGUAUCUCUUUAAAUAACCAUUGUUUCCAUUCAUGAAAAUCAUUUGUAAAGUAAUUAAUUAAUAAUCGGUUAAAAAGUGACAGGCCUAAUAGGGACCCAAGGUGUAACGGUCUACAGUGCACGGUUUAUUGUCAUAAAAUCCUCUUACCAUAUGAAUUCAUAUUUCAUUAAGUUUGUUGAUUUCAAGUUUGUUCUUAAUCAUUUAUUUCCACAUCUUAAAUACAGUGUGAUGUUAUCUAAUAUAUGCUUGUCUUGUUUGAAUGAUGUUGAUGGUGGUAGAAAAAACACAAUGUGGCUGUUUAAAACAAUCCUUGGGUAUUUUAACUUUUAAUUAAAUGGCAGCUAAUGCUGUCCAGUCCGGUAUACAA